AUGUAUAGCCCAUACGGCUCUUACAGCUCCAUGAGUGAGGUCACUCAACCGAUGGAGAUCCCUACUACCAGCUACCUCUCUCAUAACGGCGCCUACAGCGCUAGCUGCGCGUUCCCCUCGUGGCCGCGACGCUCAUCUCUUACCGACUCCGCACACGAGCAGCGAGCAACUUCUUACCUCUCCGAUGAUGACCUAUUCCCAUGCGACUUGGAGGACGACGCGCACAGCAUCUCCAGCUCGGGUAGCACGACACCUACUUCUCCCGUCGUCGCUAACGAGGUCGACCUACUGCAGAUGCAGCGCGAACAGAUGGCUAUGCAACGCGAAGCCAUCAAGUUCCUUCUCAACGAGAAGGAGAGGAGGAAGCAGCAACUUAAGCGCCAACGUCGCAGCAGUGGCGGCAGCUCCAAGAAGAGCAGUCCCAAGUCUGCCAAGUCGGCACAUCUUGACGCCAUCGCCGAGACUGGCGAGUGA